AAGGAGAGGAGGGAAAGCAUACUUGAAUGUCGAGGCCUUUUUGAGAAUUUUCAUUUGAUUUUCUAUUCUCUUAGCUUUAAAUCAUCGACGUUGUUGAAAAAAGGGUUAUCGUUUUCAGCCGUUUCGAACUAUGCGCAUGCUGCAGGUGAAUAACGCUCAGCAUCAAGAUGUGCCUUCCGAACAAUCACAAGAAAACGAAACUAGAUCGAACGAAUCAAGAAAUGUGUCAGAUAAUAACCAUUCUCGCCGUAGAGAAAUAGCUUGCAAGCUUCGACCCAUUUUGAAUUUGAUGAAACUAACUGGAGAGUGCUCUGAGGAUGUCUUGGUGCUGAAUGAGAUAUCUGCAACAGGUUCGCGCCUCUUUUCUCGUUUGUACCGCGGAUUAGUAAUUCUUGGUCAGUGGUUCGUUGCGGUGCAAUGUAUUACAACCGUUUUCUUCGAAGGUUUUGAAGAGUUAAAGAGGUUUUAUUUUUUGAUGAUCUUCGUCAUUUGGUCUCUACAAUCUGCAGCAGUUGCAACGAUAUGUCUAUGUGUUUUCCCAAACAGGCAAACAGAGUCAUCCCGUUUUUCGCAGUUUUUAAGCAGCUUGUGCAAUGCAGAAAGUAAUGAAAGAAGGACAAAGAAGUAUAAUGGGAACUUGAUAUUGGCUCUCGUCAGUUUCUUUGCCCUUUUCAACACUCUUUUCUUCAUAUCUCUAGACCUCAUAUAUGGCUCGGUAGCCUCUUUUCGUCCUUGGAACGGAUUCCUGGUUUAUCGCUUGAUUUUCUAUUCGUUUGUUUUUUACAGUAGCUUUUCAUGGGCACUGCCAUUUUUAUUGUUUUACGUAUCUUGCGAUCUGCUGCUCGGAAUAUUUGACGAUUUGGAGACCAAAGUGAAAGCAGGUGAUCCUAAUGCUUCUGAUAUCGGAUGGAUUCGGCAGGAGCAUCGAAAACUUUGUGUGCGAGUUGAUCUCGCAAAUAGAGUUUUUUCACCUCUUCUUUUGGCGGCAGUGAGUUUAGAUGUUCCUCUAAUGUGUUUCAACUUUCACCAGCUGUUGAAAUCAAACGCAUCUACGGGUACAGACCUAACAUAUCUUGUUUCACUUUUGUAUUGGUCUGUUUGUGUGGCCGUAAAGUUAGCCUUUGUUCUACUGGAGGGAGUAAAAGUCAACGAGAAGAUUCAUAGUUUUUAUGACACCUUACAGAGCUUCACUGUUCCAGACUAUAAAGGACACUUAGAGCUUCUACAUUUUAUGAUGCAUCUUCGGGGAGAGCCAAUCGGAAUCUCUAUUGGGGGACUGGCUGUGAUCGACAAGUCCCUCGCCAUCUCGCUCGUGGGGAUAAUGAUUUCGUACUUCACAGUAUUGAUAACAUUGCCAAGUUGAAGCAGAGAUACGGCAUAACCACACUUCGUGAAGAAGAUGAAUAUUUCAUUUCCAUGUUUUAGUGCUGUUGUUUUACGUGUUGCUUUGGUUUUCAUAACAUUUAUGGAAAUUUAAUGACUUUUAAGUCACUGUAAAUAACGAAAGAGAACAUUUAAUCAAACUCUAUCAGUGGUGUAGCUACCAUAAUGUGUUAUAUCUGGAAGUAAAUUAAAGUUUUGCCGAGUAAAACAGAGCACUGAUCACCCACAGACAUUUUAUUAUCCUCUAAAAAGUUCCUUAAUAACGUUAAAUUUUGCCAUUAAACUUUGUAUUUCUGUGGACUUUUGCAGCGAACAAAACUAAUAAUCAGAAAAAGUCUUCAUAGAAAUUUAAAAAAAAAAAGGUAAAAGAUGAAAGAAAGGAAAAGUCGCUCUGUUUUACUCACUACGUAGGUGGGGUGAUGUAACGGAAGUAGUGUUCAUUUUCGCGUGAGUUAUGAAUGUAUAAUGAUCGUGAAAUUUUGCAAGUACUAGGUCUUCAUGUAUUUGAUUUAUAUACAUAAGGUGAAACUGUUUUUUGGUUUAAUUAAUUAUCUGUUGUAAAAAGCGCAUGCAAGUUAGGCUUUAUCAGUUUAUUUUUCUUUUUAGUUGUAACUACAUGAUGAAAUCCCCCUGAAAUAGU